GUGACCGUGGGGAGCAGAGCUGGUCGCUGACGGGCGUCGGACCGCACCGCAUGUGCAGAGCCAUGGCGCUCAACCUCACCGAAUACAAAAUACGCUACCCGGAUUUUCCCAAGUACAUAUGGGACUCGACGCACCCGUACUCUGAUAUCAUGAGCAUCAAAAAGGACCGCCGGAACCCGGAGCACACCAAGCGUCCUUUGAACGCCUUCAUGCUGUUCGCCAAGAUCCAGCGCGAGCACAUCACCACUAACUUCAACUGCAACCAUUCGGAGAUCUCCAAGGCGCUGGGCAAGCUGUGGCAGGACCUCAGUCGGGAGGAAAAGGACCCGUUCACUCAGGGCGCCAAGACGCUGGUCGAGCUGCACCGGCUCGAGUACCCCGACUACAAGUACCGGCCGCGCAAGAAGGGCGCCCCCAAAGAGCCGGCGCGCGCCGCGGCGCCCAAGAAGAGCGCGCCGCGUCGCGCCGCCGCCAAGAGUCGCAGCCAGCAGCUGCUGCAGAGCGUGGCGAGCCCGGCGCCGGCGAGCGCGGCGCCCGACAGCCCGCUGUCGUCGUGCUGCGGCCACUCUCCGGUGCACUGCGGCGGCCUGGCCAGCCCGGCCAGCGUGCUGCACACGCCGUACAGCCCCGUCUCCAUCGGCUCCAGCAGCGGCUACGAGUCGGAGCUGCCCUACGAGCUGGGCCUGGCGCAGGACGACCCGCUGCACGGAUUCUCGCCAGAGCCCGAGUCGGAGAUCGACGCCGACCUGCGCGACAUCGAGGUCACCGCCCUGGGCGAGAGCGCCAUCCUCAACCCGCUCACCAUGUUCCCGACGCUGGGGCUCACGUGCGACGACCUGGACGACCUGCGGCUGCAGCUGUAGGCGCCGCGCCGGCGCCCGCACCCCGUACAAACGCGCGCACGUGUGUACAUACGGACUGGCUGGCUGUGGCGGGCGGCGCGCGGGCUGAGGCCGGCGCGACCCGCUCCGGCUCCUCCGUGCAAUGAUGACGCCCGCGCUCAUGUACAUAGCGGCGGCCGACGCACCCGUCGCCUCCGCCGACGCGAUGUGCCGUAUUUUUCUGAAUCAAAACGGUGGCGCACGGCCGAGGGCGGAAUACUCAGCGGCGGGCGGCGCGGCUGCGGCGAGGGUGGCGCGGCUGCGGCGAGCGCGGCGCGGGUGCGGCGAGCGCGACUGACGCGCCCUGCCAUGUAUUCACACUAGUCUUAGGCGGCGUCCGAGGGUCGCAACAGCGAGAACUUUACAGGUGGACGAGGGCGGAGCAGCCCGGUAUAUUUAUUUUCCAACUGAUCUCAGUUUGGAGGCAGGUGGCGACGCGCGCACACGGGGAACGCCCCAUUCACCUCCUGGCUGAGUCGGACUAGGCGGCGCUGGUCUGUCGCUGAGGUUCGCUCGAGACGAAAGGCUUGCGGUCGCUCGGCGGACGCCGCCCGCGCGACUCACAGAUGUCCCGCCGGCGUCCGUCAUUGGCUGGUCGGCGGCGCGUUCUCCCGGCGGCGUUCGGUGACCCAGCCUUCCCGAGAAUCGCCGCAGGCGCCGCUGCCUACCUCGACCAUUUGUCCUGCCCCGGUGCCGGAGGGCAUUUGCGGCGCACAGUUGCUGUGUGCAGUGGCAGAGUUCGCUGAUUGGUUGAAUAGUUGAGUUGUUUUGAACUUGUUUUUAUUCGGACGAGUGUUGUGCUGGUUGAGAGGGACCUGUGUGGGCGAUGCUUGCUCAUUCCAUGUUUGGAGUAGUGGGUAGAUUUCCUGGUAGCCUUGUACGAUGCCGGCGCGGCGCCCAAGCAUGGUGAAGCAUAGAGCACGCGCCUAGGAUUAAGGAUAGUGUUUUGUAGCGCCGGCGCCGCCGGCCUCGGUCCACGGAGCUGCAAUGGGUUGGUUAUUCAGCAAUCGUCCGAUAUGAGUUUCUGGCGCGGUGGUGGCUGCGGACAGCGCGUGCCCCGGUCUGGCGGCGAGCCGACGGCGGUCCGCGCACCGCUCGGUGCUUCUAAAACAAGGCUUGUGACGCCCCGGGGGCGACCGUUCUGCCUCCGCAUAGCAAUCCUCACCGCAGAGUCUAUUUUUGUCGGGCAGAGGCGGCGUCCUCUCGCUGCCGUACGUACCCCCCUGUGCCUGUCGGCCCUCCUGUCCGAGCCGGUCGUUCCCGCACGUGCAAUGACCGGGUCCGCCGGGGCUCGGCGGGGCCCGGGUCUCGCCAGGUCCCGGCCGGUCCGGCCGGCCCGCCCCGACCCGGAGGCCGCUUGUAAAUGGACGUUUUUGUACGCGACGAGUCGGAGAAUUGUCAGCUGUCUGAUCUCCCCUUUGUAAAUACCGAGGGAGGCGCCUCUCUCCCCCCGGUCUGGGCGGCGACAGGGCGGCGUCAGGGCCUCUGGCUCCUGGUCCGCCCCGCGCGCGCGCAUACACGACACCGGCUGGUUUGGCUAGAGUCCGAGGACACCGCACGGUCUUAGGCAGAAAGCGACAUAAGACAUGGCAUCCCAUACCUCCACUUGUACAUAGAUAAACAUAUUGCCAGAUUUGUACAGUUUGCUUAGUCGUGUUUUAUUCGUGAUUCACAGUGUAUCUAGUCCGAUUUUGUAAUUUUGUAUGAUGUGUGCAUUCAAGAGUCGUAUCGUUUGUUACAAAUAUAUUACACCACCAGCAGCAAAUGCA